AUGGCGGUGAGAAACGCCACGGGUGCGUCGGCGUCAUUGGUACCGGAAAGCCUCGUUAUGCAUGCCAGCUCAGAGCUUCGACCUGUCCUCGCAAGCCAGUACGACCGAAAGCGCACCGUCUUUGUGAUUAACGCGUUAGAAAUCACACAGCGGGCGCAAAAUUAUGAGGACAAUGAGAAAUGGGCGCCUCGGCCAGCUAAAGCUGCAGUAGCAGCAGCGACCGCCACCGCACGCACGGACACCAGGGUGUGCAACAUCUGUAGCACAGUCGGGCACAUAGCGUGUAUGUGUCCCGGUCGUCCAAAGAACGAGGACGACGAAGAGACGCCUCGAUGGGCGCUUGCUGGACUCGUAGCAGGUUGCCUAACGGAGGAGGACUGGAUUGUCGACUCCGCGCCAGCGUCCACCUCGUCAAACACAGCAGCAUACUGUACGAUCGGGAGGAGUGCGACGACCCCGAUGGCGUAA